UUUUCUCGAUGUAAUUGUAUAUUUAUUUCUGAGACCAAAUUAAUAUAUUGAGCACAGAUAGUAUUAUUUAUUCAAUUAGAACUUGAGCUGAACUAAGUCAAAAUGCAAGACAUACUUUCUAAUCAGGAAAUAGAAAAAUUGGAUCUUUCUAAAAUUGGAGCAUUACAGCAAAAACGAACACUUGCAUUCUUAAACCAUUUUGUGAUAACUACAGUACAAUUUCUGAACACUUUUUCAAAAACAUGUGAAAAGAAGUUAAUGCAGUUUGAACAGAAAUUGGAGAAAGUUGAAGCUGCAAUGGUUUUAUUAGAAGCUCGGCUCUCAUCAGUACCAGAAAUCAAUGAAACAUCUCAAACUAACGAAACAAUGGAAUCUCAUAAUUCUGAAAUAAAAUCUGAAGACACAGCAGAAGCUGUUGAAAAAGACAAAGAAAUUGAUGACAAGCCUGAUGUCUCUCAGACCACUGAUGCUGUGACGAAACCUGAGUAUGAUCGAUUUAUAAAAUUGGUCCAUGUUGGUGUGCCAGUACAAGCUGUUAAAUUAAAGGUCUCUAUAGAAGGACUAGACCCAGAUGAAUUUGAACGUUUAUUGAAAAAAUAAGAAAUAUAUUCAAAAAUAACAUAA